UCGAAUCGAUGAUGAUGAUGGUGGUGGUGGUAAAGAUCAAAACGAUAAUGAUAAUGGCGGUGAUUAUUAUAAUGAUAACGAUGAUGAUGAUGAUGAUGAUGGUCGUAUACAGGAUUUUGUAUCACCACAACUUAUGUCAAGACUUUCACAGAAAAAUCCGGGCGCCAUACGUUAUGCUGAUGAAGAUCGUGGCCAACAAUCAUAUCAUAUGGAUUUAGAGAUUCUUAUCGAUCAUAAUGACGAUGGUAAUGAUGAUGAUGGCGAUGAUGGUAAUAUUCUUGGAACAAAAAGGCAUCGAAAAUCCAAAUCAAAAUCAACGAUACCGAUAAUAUCACCACAUAUAAAAGAUAAUUGUGUUACAAAUCAAGAUUGGCCAUCACAGAAUCAUCAUCAUCAUUAUCGUAUCUAUGCUAGUUAUGAUGAUUUUCGUCAUUGGACUGAUGGACAUCGAACAUUUGCAAACAUUUCGAAUGCAAUCAAAAAGUUGAAUUAUUCUACAAAUCAAGCUAACAACAACAACAACAACAACGAUAGUAAAUUAACUAACAAUAACGAUGGUGUUGGUGGAAUUCAAUCGAAUCGAAAUAAUCAAAAGUUUCGUCUUCGAUCAUCAUUACAACAUCAACAACAACAAAAACAUUCGAAUUUAACUAAUAAUGAACAGCAGAUGGAAAAUAAAUUGAAACUAGCCAAUCAAAAUCAAGAACGAAUGCGUUGUGGACAAAUUAUAUCGAAUUGGAUGUUCAAUAAUAAUAAUAAUAAUGAUGGUCAUCAAUUAGAAUCAUCUCAAGUGACAAAUCAAUCAAAUAGCCUUUUAUCAUCAAUUUUAAUGAUAAAAUCAAUGUUUAAUAAUCAUCAUCGUCAUCAACAACAGCAACCAUGUCAUUGUUCAUUGAAUAUAUUUAUACCAUGGUAUGUUUGUGGUGUUCGUUAUUGUCCAAUUCAACAACAACAACAACAAUCCGAUCAACAAUCGGAUCAACAACAACAACAACAACAAAAUACACAACGAUAUCGUUGUGGUGUACGCACAUGUCGUAAACGUUAUCAAUUUACUUUUGCCGUACCUAAUCAUAUACAUUGUCUUUCGGAUUUUGAUCCAACAUUAUCAUCAGAUACAAUGAUGGCAUUUGAUAAUUUCAUUAUCAAUAAUGAUAAUGAAAUCGAAUCAUUGUCAAAUGAUCAGAAUCGAUCAAUUCAGAUCUGAAUGAUUUUUUUCAACAACAAACAAAAAACUUCCAAGUUCUUCCAUAUAU